AUGCAAUCAAUCAAGCACAUGUCUUGGCACGUUUCGAUUCCUACAGGCCCAGUCUCGGCUCUAACGAAGGCUUUCCACAGCCUCGCUCUCAGCGUCACCUCUUCGGCCGGGGCUUCCACUCCAACCGCAACAUCAACCUCUACUAGUGGAGAAGAAAGCACAGAAUGGUCCUCGGGUCAAGCUGUCAUCUGCCCUACCUUCGCGGGCGGCGACAAUUCGGUUGGUGAAUGCAUCUUUACCUACCCUCCCACCCAGCAUGCCAUUCUCUCUUUCUUCCAAGACGUCGCGCAAGACCCGGUCCACUAUCGCAACCCACCUGGCCUCCAAAUCUUUACCGAAGCCCCCAAGCCCAGCCCCGAAAAUCCUCUUGCACUAUCUUCCGACCACGAGAAUGACGCUGGGCUCUACUUGCAAAAUCUCUUGCCGCAGACGACGUCUGAGCACGCUGAGCUAGAUGAAGCUCGCGAGCGGCUCGCCGAGUUACAAGUUGCCUUGUCUGCCUGCCCUACUGAUGCUGCAGAGCUAGACAAGGGUCGCGUCAAGUUGGAAGUUAAGGUGAAGAGCAUGGAGGCGAAGAUUGAGUCUUUAGAGAUCAAGGCGCUGAGUCACGGCGGACUGGCCGCGGGUGAAGUGGUCGAGAAGCGCGAGGAUUGGAAGCCGCAGGUUGAGGGUCCCCAGGUACCAUUUGCAGGGACCAUGGUGGAUAGUGAACUGUUGAAGGCGGCGGGGCUGAUGGAGUCUGUGGAUGAAGAAAAGGCUUUUGUUUGA